AUGCUGCCAGCAUUAUUUGUUGUAUUGCGUACUUAUGCACCAUACGUAACAUUACCUGUGGCUGCUGUUAUCGGAUUUAUUGGCUACAAAAUCGAAGGUUUGAUGUCUGAUAAGUACACCCCAUAUCAAGAAAGUAUUGAAGAAAAACGAGAAGAACGUUUGUUGAAAGAAAAUUUAGAGAAAGAUGUUACAAAUGUAGAUACCUUGAAAGAAAAAAAAUUUGUGCCAAGAACAGUAUUUGAGAAAAAUGUAUCUCCAUCCCUUGUACAUAAAUCUUAG